AUGGAGGGACCAACCCCAGAGCCCGUGUACGUUGACGUGGACAAGGGACUGACAUUAGCAUGUUUUGUCUUCCUCUGCCUCUUCUUGAUUGUGAUGAUUAUUCGCUGUGCAAAAGUCAUCAUGGACCCUUACAGUGCCAUCCCUACAUCUACGUGGGAGGAGCAGCAUCUAGAUGACUGA